AUGACCGGGAAGGAUAUCUUUAUGCGUCUUCAAUUGGUCCCCUGUGGCACUACUCCAUCGGAGCUGCCACCAGAGACAAUGACGAAUAUCCGGCAAGAUGGCGUUUCAGAUCUGACUGCUCUAUUCGUAAUCUUCCUUUUGGUGAGAAUUGAACCCCACCCAAAUGCCUUUUUUGCCCUCAAUAUCGAUGGCAUCCUGUCUGCUGGCUCAGCUGCCUGGGGAUUAUUCCAGCUUGCAGCCUGCCUCCUCCUCUUCAAUUUUGCCGCGGCCACACAGGAUAUUGCAGUCGACUCUCUAGCGAUAGGCAUUCUUUCGGAGUCGGAGUUGGCCAGCGGCAACACUGCCCAGGUUGUGGGCUACAAAUUGGGUGCUAUUAUUGGUGGUGGCUUUUUUGCCUGGCUUUCGUCCUAUUUUGAUCUCAGGGUCCUCUUUCUGGCAUUAUGUUUAUUCUACGCUACUGGAUUUGCAGUUGCAACCUACUACCACAAUUUUGAUAGGAAGACUGCUAUGGAAAAAGAAAAGAAGAGGAUAGAGGACGAAUCCGUCUGCAACGGUAAGAACCCAAAUGAAGACUCGAGUAAUUACUGGGCAGUCCUCCGGAUAGCCUUGUUUGAUUCACCAUCUACACCAAUCAUCCUCCUCCUGCUUCUAGUCUAUAAGCUAGGUGAACAGGGCGCCAUGAAUAUGCUACCUCUCAUGUUGCUAGACGCAGGGUCGCCGAUAGCCAGUGUGGGCUUUUGGACUGGCAUCGUUGGCCAGCUUACUUCUACCGCUGGGUCCUUCUUUGCGAGUUACUUCAUCAACUUAUUUCCGUAA